AUGCAAGACUGUUAUUCUAUAACUGAAGCUGUUGACCUUCGGGAAUGGCUUGGAAAGAUCAAUGAUUGUCGAUUUACAAAAACCGAGGAAGAAAUCUUUGAGUAUGUCUAUGAAAUUUCAGGUCAUUGUGGUACUGGAGACGUGGCUUUAAGAGAUGCUUGCAUGUCGGCUAAUAAAUUUACUAAAGAAAAUUGUGAAGGUUUGGUCAGCCCAAUUGUUGCUGAGUUCUGUAACUUGAAAUAUGUUGAGGAUCUCUGCAAGAAGAACAAGAAAAACGAGAAAAACGAGACGCCAGGUGUUGUCCUAUCAGUAGUUACAAAUGCAGUUGUACAAGCUACUGAAGAAAGUGCAACUAAAAAGGGAAAGAUCAAUUUGCUGUUGAUUGGAGGAGGCAUUGUGGUCGUAGCUUUUGUCAUGUUCGGAAUUGCUAUGCUCAUCUUUUGUCUGAAUUCUUCUCCGCCGCCUCCUCCGCCAGUUGUGAAUGUUCGGACGACUCAGGCGAUGAAGAAACGGGGAAGAAACAAGAGAAAGGGGAAGAAAAAGAGUAAGGGAAAGAAGUCUGGAAGCGAGUCUAAGAUGAAGGAUCCGUUAUCGAAAAAGAAGAAAAAGAGUUCAGAGAUGGAUCCAGGCUCCAAAGUGAAGACUGUGAAGUCAAACUCCAAAAAUCCAGAAUCAGAAGAACCUGAAUCAAAUCCGAAAACACCAGAAGAAAUGGUCUGA